GUUCACAACCAGUAUCCAGCUGAGUUUGAAUUCAAUCUCUAUUACUUAAAGUUCUUGGCCUUCCACUAUGUAUCUAAUCGUUUUAAGACAUUUCUCCUGGAUUCUGACUAUGAAAGAUUAGAGCAUGGAACUUUAUUUGAUGAUAAAGGAGACAAGCAUGCCAAGAAAGGAAUUUGUAUUUGGGAGUGUAUUGAUAGAAUGCACAAGAAGAGUCCCAUUUUUUUUAACUAUUUAUAUUCACCAGUGGAAAUAGAGGCCCUGAAGCCCAAUGUAAACAUCUCCAGCCUCAAGAAGUGGGACUACUACACAGAGGAGACCCUGUCCACAGGGCCUUCAUAUGAUUGGAUGAUGCUGACUCCCAAGCACUUCCCCUCUGAAGAGUCUGAUCUGGCUGGAGGAGCGGGGCCCCAGAGCCAAAGGAGAACAGUGUGGCCAUGCUAUGAUGAUGUCAGCAUCAUUCAGCCCGAUGCUCUCACCAGACUUUUUAGUGAAAUUGAAAAAUUGGAGCAUAAAUUGAACCAAACCCCUGAGAAAUGGCAGCAGCUGUGGGAAAAAGUAACCAUGGACCUUAAAGAAGAUGCAAGAAUAGACGGGCCCCAACGAUACCCAUCAGGGUCCCCAGGAAUUGUGUCUACGAACCUACCUUCCUAUCAGAAGAGACCUGUGUUGCACCUCCCGGACAGUAGCAUGGGCGAAGAGCAUAAUGCCAGCAUCUCCCCAUCCAAUGGGGUGGAGCGAAGGGCAGCCACCCUCUAUAGCCAGUACACCUCCAAGAACGAUGAGAACAGGUCCUUUGAGGGAACACUUUACAAAAGAGGGGCUUUGUUGAAAGGUUGGAAACCACGUUGGUUCGUUUUGGAUGUAACAAAACAUCAGCUGCGAUACUACGACUCAGGUGAAGACACGAGUUGUAAAGGCCACAUUGACCUGGCAGAAGUAGAAAUGGUCAUCCCUGCUGGCCCCAGCAUGGGAGCCCCAAAGCACACGAGUGACAAGGCCUUCUUUGAUCUCAAGACCAGCAAGCGUGUGUAUAAUUUCUGUGCCCAGGAUGGACAGAGUGCCCAGCAAUGGAUGGACAGGAUCCAGAGCUGUAUCUCUGAUGCCUGAUACCUUGGU